AUGCUUCCCAGUAUGCAAGCUGUCGUUGAUCUGACCCAACAACAAGGAAGGCAACUUACGCGUGCUAUUGGUCACUUCAGAGGGAUCCCAACGAUUGAAGUCGACAUCAUUCCAAACUUCAUAGUUCUUCUUCAUCCCAGCCAUCCCGUAGAAGACUUCGCGAGGUAUCAAAUUGUUUUGGAGGGGCUUGAAAACUUGUUGAAGACUUAUGUGCUGCAGACAGGGCACACACACAUCGACUGGAACUCUGCUGUCCUCUAUAGACAUGGAGUUUCCGUGCUUGAAUGGACUUCCUUGCGUUACGAGAUGUUGUAUGUGGCAGCAUUUCCUCACGUUACACUAGACACAUCCUCUCGUAUACAGUUCUUCUGCAAAAUUUGGGUGACACCCUUGCUGCCGAAUGUAGGAAGGGUGGUUUUCCUGCUGCCGAUGAAUUGUCGCUCCAGAGGAUGCAUUAUCAACAUGGAUUUUGAACUUUCCGACGUCCUGGAGGCCAUGGCAGUCAUGACCGAUGCUGAUGAGGAUACGUAUGAGUUUCAGCUGAGCCACAACUGGCUCCAUGCAGAACUGCUCACAGCUGUCGAAUUGGCAAGUGCAGGAACCGUGAACGAUGAUCUCUUAGAUGAAGCAGAGUUAUUAUUGCCUUGAUGGCUUUGCCUUCAUAUAGUAGAACAGAAGAACCGGUUUCUCAGGUGAACGGUCAGACCUUCCAGUCUGUCACGUCACAAUAGGAAUGAUAUUCUAACAUGGCAGUUCUUGAAUCGGCUGACUAGAUUACAUAAACAUCACCCUCCGUAGAGGUGUUACAUGUCACACCAGUGUGUCUGUCACAUCACAACACUGAGAAUCGACCUCAUCCCCGCUGGUGGGCCAAUAUGGCAUUCAGAGUCUCUAAGCCAUGAAUCCAGCACACUCAAUGGGCCUCCCAGGUAUUGCUUGCCAUUCCUGGACUGGUAGCCAUAGUUUGGUUUAGAACAUCAACCUCUGCAGGGCUGAGGGGGCAGGCAGGGGCCUCGCAAGGCACAUACGCCAAAGAUUGGGUGGGUACUGUAACAUGAAUGUGUGCUCGGCCGGUUGAAGAAG